AUGGACAACAUGAACUCAUUUGUGGAAUACUCUUUUUUUAACCGACCGGGAACUGGUCACUCUGCGCCCAAACCUGGAUACCAACAUCACCACCUGCACCACCUUCCUCUGGACCAGCACCAGGCCUUCUCAGUGGCCUCCUCCCUACACGCGGGCCCCUCCGCUCCUGUUAACAGUGACAGCGGUUACACAGCAGAGGGAAGGAUUUAUGGGAAUAUCGGAGCCGAUGAUGGAGGGACUCACGAGCAAACAGGAGCAAGCCAGCAACAUCAACAUCCUUCUAAUCAUCUCCACCAACAACCGCACAAUGAAUACCAUCAUCAGUCCAGCCUCCACCAGAACCAGGGCGUACAGAGUGGAUUAUUGUGUCCUUAUUCUAACAUCAGUGUGACCAACACCGGCUCGUAUGCGGGACAGACGUGCGCCACAAACUCGGAUUAUGUUUCCACAGCAGGCCCUCAGAACCCCCUUCUUCCGCAGUAUUUUAUGGAGGAGUCUGUGUCCUCCACCUACUAUCGCCAGUCCACUUUUCACAGCUCGGCCCCAUCCGUGGGAAGCAGCUACAGUGCACUGGCCGGGGCCUACUGCGGGCCCCAGGGCGCCCAGUACCCGCAGCAGGCCUGCGGGGGUCUGGACACAGUGGGCUAUUUGGGACUCCCGCAUGGAGGAGAGUAUGAGGAACUGACGGUUUCCCAGGACCGAGGGAGAGGGGAUGAGGAGAGCCACCAGUCCGGACAGACCUUUGACUGGAUGAAAGUGAAGAGGAACCCACCGAAAACAGUCAAAGUGUCGGACUUCGGCCUGUCGGGGGCCCACAACAACACCAUGCGCACCAACUUCAGUACGCGGCAGCUGACGGAGCUGGAAAAGGAGUUCCACUUCAGCAAGUACCUGACGCGAGCACGGCGCGUGGAGAUCGCCGCCACGCUGGAGCUGAACGAGACGCAAGUAAAAAUCUGGUUCCAGAACAGACGCAUGAAGCAGAAAAAGCGCGAGCGGGAGGGCGCAUUCACCAGCACGCGCGCCUCAUCUGAUUCCGGUGGUGGUUUCACCAAGGACCUGGACGACACGGAUCACUCCUCCCUGUCCACGUCUCCAGGCGCAUCCCCGAGCUCGGAGACGUAG